ACAGUGCUCUCUUACUACUGAGAGAAUCUGAUCCUUUGUGUAUGUCUGUGCGCGUGUGGGUGAGUGUGUGUGCAAGCUCUCUCUUUAACCUCCUCUUCUUCUCGUCUGUCUCUCUGUUGCUUUUUGUCACUCUCUCCCGUCCUCCCUCCCUGCUCUCCCUCCAUCUCUCUCUGCUCCCCGGCUGUGUGUGUUUCUGUCAGUGUGCGUGAGUCUAUGUGUGUAUGUGUGUGUGAACCGUGGGGAAAACAGACGCUCAUGUGAGCAGCAGCAGUGACUGGUGAGAGACAGGAAAGAGGAGAGGAAGAGAGCAGGGACAACAGAGCCAACACCAUCAUUCUCAUCGGAUUCCCACCAGACAUGUGAGAAGAUGUCGGUGGGCGGCUGCGCGUGUCCCGGCUGUUCCUCCAAGUCGUUCAAGCUGUACUCCCCCAAGGAGCCCCCCAACGGUAGCACUUUCCCUCCUUUCCAUCCCGGCACCAUGCUGGACAGAGACGUGGGUCCAACCCCAAUGUAUCCUCCCACAUACCUGGAGCCAGGCAUAGGGAGGCACACACCAUAUGGCAACCAGACAGACUACAGAAUAUUUGAACUAAACAAACGGCUACAAAACUGGACAGAGGAGUGCGAUAACCUAUGGUGGGAUGCGUUCACCACAGAGUUUUUUGAAGAUGAUGCCAUGUUGACCAUCACUUUCUGUCUGGAAGAUGGGCCUAAGCGUUACACAAUUGGUCGGACGUUGAUUCCAAGGUACUUUCGGAGUAUAUUCGAAGGCGGUGCCACGGAGCUCUACUAUGUGCUGAAACACCCUAAAGAGUCAUUUCACAACAACUUUGUCUCGCUUGACUGUGAUCAGUGCACGAUGGUCUCCCAGAAUGGAAAGCCAAUGUUCACACAGGUGUGUGUUGAGGGCCGCUUGUACUUGGAGUUCAUGUUUGACGACAUGAUGAGGAUAAAAACGUGGCACUUUAGCAUUCGGCAACACCGUGAGCUCAUCCCUCGCAGCAUACUUGCCAUGCAUGCCCAGGACCCACAGAUGCUGGACCAGUUGUCCAAAAAUAUUACAAGAUGUGGCCUGUCAAACUCUACUCUAAACUACCUCCGACUUUGUGUGAUCCUGGAACCCAUGCAGGAACUGAUGUCCAGACACAAGACAUACAGCCUCAGCCCCAGAGACUGCCUCAAGACUUGCCUCUUCCAGAAAUGGCAGCGAAUGGUGGCACCUCCGGCUGAGCCAUCAAGACAGGCCCCAAACAAACGACGGAAGCGCAAGAUGUCGGGAGGCAGCACCAUCAGCGGAGGAGGAACUAAUAACAACAACAAUAACAAGAAGAAGAGUCCUGGCAGUGGCUUCCCUCUCUCCAGCCAGGUUCCAGAUGUCAUGGUGGUGGGAGAGCCCACGCUGAUGGGAGGGGAGUUUGGCGACGAGGACGAGCGUUUGAUCACGCGAUUGGAGAACACCCAGUUUGAUGCAGCCAAUGGAAUUGACGACGAGGACAGCUUCAACAAUUCCCCAGCUCUGGGGUCCAACUCACCCUGGAAUAACAAGGCACCCUCCAGUCAGGAGAGCAAGAGCGAUAACCCCACCUCACAGGCAUCGCAAUAGAGUUUGGGAUCCUCCUCCGACACACAAAUCCUUCGCACCCUCCUCUGAGCCUUCCCAAAGUCAAAAGUCACGAGAGAAACACGUUUAUAGCAGCCCCAGUUGUGCGUUUAGAGCUCUGACUCUUCCAAAACGUGGUGCCUGGCGGCCCUCAGUUUGACCUCCUGCUAGGGACUCAUCAUAACUGUGACUUUCCAGCUUAGAGGCACCAUGGCCCUCCCCUCAUCUGGCUCUUUUCUGUGUUUCAUACUAAAAGUGUCCUGUCUGCUCUUGCUAAUUUCCACUUGGGACAGCGACAUGUAGUUCUCAUGAGGAAGUGUGGUGAUUGAAUCCAGGGGAGAACUAACCCACACUAAACCCAAGAUGAACGCUACAAAGCAGUGUGGCAUGGCUAAGGUGGCAAGUUGCUUAGGGACAGCUUGUCCACCCAGUCUCAUAAUUACUCAAUUCUGGACUGCUCUGAUGCUCAAGUCACUAGAAACCUUUGUUAAUACAGUAUCUGUGUGCGUGUGUAAGAAAGAAAGAAAGACUGAGAGAGUGAGUGACAGAAAACUAGCCUAAACACAUCAGUGGCUUUGCCAAAACGAGCAAACCAGAAUUGGAGACAUCUUGUAAAAUUGUUGUAAUUGUCACACUUUUAAUGUGGGACACAACAAUUCACACUAAACACACACAUUUAACCAUAAACACACAUGCACACGAUGGAAGGAGUUUCAGCCCCUUGAUGUGUGAGCCAUCUCUGAGUAGACUCCAGCGAAAGCAACAUACACACUUAUACAUUUUAAGAGUUUUUAUACAGUAUAUAUUUCCCUAGAAUGUUUUUUAAUUUCUAUUAAACAUCUUCAAUUCAAUUGUUGUAAUUUUUUUUAAUCCAAUACUGAAAAGCUACAGACCAAGGAGCACCACAGGACUUUUAUUCCUCCCCUAAAAUAUAUUGUUUUUAUCUUUUGUGUUUAUAAAAGAAAAUUAUUUAGUGUGGAUGUUUUAUUUUGUCUUUCUGUUCCUUUUGGAAAUUUGAAAUUUUGUGUAUUUGUGCUUGUAUAUUUAAGGUAGUAGCAAAGUUCUGUCUGACUGUAAUAAGAUGUAUUCUUACUUAGGUAUACCUAAAGCCAUCCUGAUCUAAUGUAAAGAAACAAAAUAGGAAAAAUGAGGAAAAAAACACUCCGCUCUUUCCUCCUCCCUGUUUUUUUUAAGGGUAGUGUAAAUGAAAUGACAGCCCUGAGGGUACAAUGGCACCGUGGGAAGGUUCCCCCCCAUUUUUUUCCCCUUCUGUAUUUAUUUAGAACAUUCAAAAACUCAACUAUUUCAUGUCUACAUAGAUUUUUAGUUCUCCCCGCUACUGUCGUUUUACGUAUCACGUAACCAUGAUUCCACCUGAUCAAGUGAAUGUGCUGAAAUGUUUGAUAGGUGACAUUCACUCCCAUCACUUGCUUAUAAAGUUAUUUACACCUCUUCACGUUUUAAUUUGUGACAUCUUAAAACAUUUUCUAAAACCAGCUUAACAUUACGAUCAUUCUUCAUAGGUUCUUAUGUCAUAAAAUGCCGAAAGAAGUCCUGCUGUUCUUUAUUUGGCCCUUCACAUAUUGAUCAUUACCAUAAAUGAAAGUGGAAUCUUUGUACAUUUAGAUAUUGUUACCCUUUCAACCAUUUAAAAUUGAGUUUGAAUGGUGACUUGUACCUUCCUCAAACCCUGUAGAAUCAUUGUUUGAUAUCUAUUUUUUUUAUUUGGUUAGUUUCUGCCCUUGCUAAUUAAUGUAUGGUACCAAUAAAAAAGAUACAUUUUCAC